GCCGCUGCUGGCUCACGGAUAAUGCGGACGAAAGCGUGUGUGUGCAUUGGAUCCGACUAGACGCCCGUCGCUGCCGCGAAGGCUGCACGCCCGUUGAGUCAUUUUUCCACCAUGCAUUUUUUGCGAGACGCCGCACCUGUUCGCGAAUGUCGCAGAAAACCGGUAGAGGACUCUUUGCCUUGCUGUUGUUAGUGUUGGAGUGGACCCGGCCAAGCCUACCGUCACCGCUGAGGCCCAUCUGUGACCUGAGAGUCCUAAACCAUUUCAUUCAGGAAGCACGAGACGCGGAAGUUGCCAUGCGAUCGUGUAAAGAAGGAUGUAGUCUCUCACAGACCAUCACUGUUCCCCAAACCAGAGUAGAUUUUGAUGUCUGGGAGAAGAAAAAUGCACUGGCUCAAGCUCAGGAAGUGCAAGCUGGCCUCUGGCUGUUGCACCGGGCCCUUAACUCACUCCGGACUUCAGUCACCAACACAGCACUGCACAGCCACAUAGACAACAGCAUCAGAAAUGUGCUCAGCCUUAACGCCGUGCUGCGCAGCCUCAACAUCCAGGAUUACACCCCACCGUCCGGUGUAAUAGAAGGAGAGGGGACGUGGAGAGUGUCCUCAGCACCAGAUGUGCUUCAAGUCCACGUCAACUUCCUGCGAGGCAAGGUGCGCCUCCUUCUCUCCGACGCACCAGCUUGUCAGCAGGACGUCAGCUGAUUGGCUAUCUCUUAACUUUGGGUAAAGCUGAUUUAUGUUUCCCAAGGCAAGAGGAGGGAUUUGACACUUUUAACCCUGCCCAUUGGCUGCUGGAAAUGAUGUGGAACAUGAGCAAGAUUCGGCCAUCCUAGUAGAAGUGGACGGAGCUGAAGGGAAAGGACAGUCCCAGCUGGGCUUUGUACAAGCAGAGAAUAUAGCACCUUGGAUUGUAGACAUUAAACAUAUGGACAUGGUGAAGCACACGUCGACCAAAACUGAGGCCAAUGGGAUGCACUGCUCCAAUUACUCUUCUGUAGGCACUCUCCAGCACUUUGUGUGUGCAAGUGUUUGUGUGUGUAUGAGUGAGACUGCGAGUUUGA